GUCUUCGCCCACUGCAAAGAAGCUCCGUCUACGGCCUCCUCUACCCCUGACUCCACGGAAGGAGGGAACGACGACUCGGAUUUUCGGGAGCUGCACACAGCCCGGGAGUUCUCGGAGGACGACGAGGAAGAGACCACGUCGCAGGACUGGGGCACCCCCCGGGAGCUGACCUUCUCCUACAUUGCCUUCGACGGCGGGGUGGGCUCCGGAGCGCGCCGGGAUUCGGCUGCCCGCCGGCCCCGGCCCCAGGGCCGCUCGGUCUCGGAAACGAGAGACCCACCCCCCCAGCCCGGCCUGGGCGACAGCCUGGAGAGCAUCCCCAGCCUGAGCCAAUCCCCGGAGCCUGUGCGCCGGGGAGACCCUGACACUGCCCCGCAGGCCGAGCGCACCCCGGAGGACCUGGGGCUCCCGCUGGACCAGCUGGACUGGGUGGCCCGGGGAGCGGGGUCCGGGGAGGACUCUGCCACCAGUAGCUCCACGCCCCUGGAAGACGAGGAGCCCGACGGGUCGGAGGCCAGAGACGCUGGGAAAGAACUGGACCUACAACUCGAAUUCGCUCAGUCCUCGCCGCCCGGCGCCUUGACUCCACCAUCCAGGCCUGGCUCUGGGACCCCCCAGGCCCGGACCCCGUCCCCACCCGGAUCCCGGGAUUCGAACUCAUGGCCUGCUGAGCCCUCGCUGGACGAGAAAGAGGAAGAGCCUAGGAGGCAGCUGGAUCGGGAACCAAUCACGGGGCAGUGCCUUGUUAGCACGGACCAAUCAGAAUCCACACUGGAACCACACCUUCUAGUGGCGGACUUGCUGUACUGGAAGGACACGAAGACAUCAGGAGUGGUCUUCACAGGCCUCAUGGUCUCCCUGUUGUGCCUCCUGCACUUUAGCAUCGUGUCCGUGGCCGCCCAUGUGGCCCUGUUGCUGCUCUGUGGCACCAUCUCUCUCAGGGUUUACCGAAAAGUGCUGCAGGCCGUGCACCGGGGGGACGGUGCCAACCCCUUCCAGGCCUAUCUGGACGUGGACCUGACCCUGACUCGGGAGCAGAUAGAACGUUUGUCCCAGCAGAUUGCCUCCAAAGUGGUCUCUGCGGCCACCCAGCUGCGGCAUUUCUUCCUGGUAGAAGACCUCGUGGACUCCCUCAAGCUCGCCCUUCUCUUCUACAUCUUGACCUUCGUGGGUGCCGUCUUCAAUGGUUUGACUCUUCUCAUUCUGGGUGAGCUGGGAAGGCUGAACCCCCCUCUAAUCUCUCCUUUGAUCCUUUCUUGGUCUCCCCAGGCCCAGAUCGACCAGUAUGUGGGAUUGGUGACCAAUCAGUUGAGCCACAUCAAAGCUAAGAUCCGAGCUAAGAUCCCAGGGACCGGAGCCCUUGCCUCAGCAGCAGCCUCAGUCUCCGGAUCCAAAGCCAAAGCCGAAUGAAAAGGGCGUCUCUGUCCGCGGGACGCCUGCCCCCACCACCUGCAGCCCCUUGUCCCCCUCGGUCUCCCUCUCAUCCCCACCCUCUUCCCUUCUCAGCCCCAGCCAUAUCCCGGUGGGUGUCUGGAUCACUCACACCCGGCGCAAAUUGCCUGAGCGGCCAGGACUACAUUUCCCAAGAGGCUCUGCUCCAGGAGUCCAGGAAAAGCGAGGCACCUUGGCCGAGGUCCUGCUGGUACUUGUAGUUGUCUAGCUAGGGCACCCGCCCUGCACUUACCCCGCCGCUGGAGGCGCCGUGAGGGCUUGGUGUCUUCUGGACGCUACUGGGCCCAAGCCAGGGCUUUGCAUGGGGCCCAGGGGCGGCCUGAGCUUGGAUUUACACUGUAAUAAAGACUUCUGUGGAAACCCAA